CCUCACAUGCAAUUAACGGAGCGCAAAUCGAUCGCUAAGCAGCAGUAAAAAAUAGAACUAGCAAGGAAAAGGAAGGAAGAAGCAAGGAUGCCGGCGACCUUGGAGUUUGGUGGGACGCAGCUGACGAUCCGGUUCGACAUCCUCAACACGUCGACGAUCCGACAGGUGAAGCAGGCGAUCCAGUCCCUCUACGGCGUCCCCGUCGCCAGGCAGACCAUCCUUUGGGCCCCGGGCGGCCCGCUGGCCGACGACCGCACCCUGGAGUCCUACAACGUGGGCCCGGACCAGAUGGUGCUGAUGGACCUGGUGGUCGAGCCCAACACGACGGUGCCCAUCACCGUGGCGCUGGAGGCCCCGCAGUACCCGCAGUGGGGGGACGCGGUGCAGUGCAUGGAGACGGCGACGGUGGGGCAGCUGAAGCGCAUGGUGGCCGACAGGCUGGGGUGGAGGACGACCGGCGGGAUGAUGCUGCACCACGGCCCCGCCAUGGCGGCGAUGGACGACGAGGACAGGCUCAUCAGCGAGUACCUGGUGCUCGACGGCAGCGUCGUCUUCGUCCGGUUCCUCAACGCCAAGGUGCCGCCUACGCAGCCGAAUCUGGCGGCUCGGUUCUAGCUUCUUUGUUUGCGAUCGAUCGUGAUCGUCCGCCGCCGCGACUAUUGUGGUAGUCGUAGUAUGGAUUGUUCUAUUAGUAUAAUAUAAGUUGGGUAAGGGUAAGAGACAUUGAUGGUGGUAACGUAGUUUGAGAAUGUUUUCUAUGGAGAAGUAUAUUGUGAUAUUGGAUCUAUAAUAUUAAUGUAUGGUGGUUAUUGAUGUCUAGAGGUGUCAGUUCGGGUCGGGUUCGGUUACCUCGAAACCGAAAAUCACUAAAACCGAAUCCGAACCCGAUAAGGAGUUACGGGUUCCGGUUACCCGAAACCCAAAAAUUCCUUAUCGGGUUCGGUUAAAGCAAAACCAAAACCCAAAAACCCAAACGCCUAAAAAUACGGUUCAUUAAAGGUUUUUAGUCGGA